AUGAGCACUGCGGACCGGAAGACAGUCACCGAGCUGUUUGAGAAUUAUGCAGCCAGCGGCUCGUCAAACACCACGGGCCCGCCCACAGCUUCUUUUUCCGCUGCGCAGAAGCAGCAGCUGUUUCUAAAGUACUUCGACAAGCUCCUCGGCACCCGGAGUUUUAUCCCCCCACAGGACGAAAAUUUGCCGAAAGUGGACUAUCACUUCUAUCCUGUGCAAAAGUAUCGUACUCGUAUAGAUGCAAGAGCAAGUCUUGCAUUACAAAUCUUGUUCCCAAGGCAAAUCAGCAUGUGAAAUUCGUUUUCUCAUGCUGAGCAAAUUUGUAAUGCAAUUUAUACUAGAACUAGUGCGUUGCUUUUGCAGUUCAUAACUUCAGCAACUUCCUGAAGUUCUGGCACCACUUGGAGUCCUAUUCAGUGCAAAAGUGUCUGGGUCUGGAAGGUUGUAACUUGUCAUGCUGUCUUCGGAUUCGAAAAAAAUCUGUAUUGCAUGACCAGCAAGAGGAGUCCAGUUUGGUCCACACGGAGAGGGCAUUUCUCAUGCAGAAUAGGCAUCAGGAAGCCCUCUAGAAAUAUGUGAUGCUAGGCCAUGCAUUACAGCCAUCAGGGUCCAUGCAAAAUAUGCAUGACAAGCCUGGCAAUCUUCCAGACCCAGACAUUUUUGCAUUUGAUAAGUCCGAUCUGGCGCUGUGGGGCCAGCUGACGCGCAAAAGGACCAUGACGUUAACAGUCGAGCGGGCGGGCAUCAAACUGCAAAGGACGCUGAACCAGAAUACAACUGGAAAC